ACGAGUCUACUGACCCAAGAGCAACGGCAACAGCAAGAGUUGGACCACAGGCUGGCGAAUGCAGAGACUCCGCCGGCAGUGAGUAAUGUGGAAUUGGCGAGCUCGUUUAUUGCGACGAUGAUUGGGGAGCAGCCGCCGGAGAGUCCGUCGCCCGAGCAGAGUCUCUACGAGCACCAGACGGGAAUGUAUCGACAUCAGCAGCAGCAGCAGCACCAACUGGAGAGUGCCGAGUUGAGUGGCUCGGAUGAUCUCGAGGUGGGCACAGGGGCUGGACCCAGCGACGAGCACGCUCAGAUGAGCGCUCUCGACGAGGUGCCGCUGCAGUCACCUAGCUCUGCAAACAUGGAUUCUACGCAGAGUUAG